AUGCACAAUUUUGAGGACGAGUUAACAUGUCCCAUUUGUUACAGUAUUUUCAAAGAUCCUCGAGUCCUACCAUGCUCUCAUACGUUUUGUAGAAAUUGUCUGGAAAAUGUUCUUCAGGCAACUAGAAACUCUUUGUUAUGGAGACCUUUGCAAAUUCCAUUCAAGUGUCCUAACUGCAGAAGGAUUAUUGAAAUUUCUUUAACUGGUAUAGAAUCCUUACCUGUAAAUUUUGCAUUGAGAGCAAUUAUUGAAAAGUACCUGCAAGAAGACCACCCAGAUGUUGUCACCUGCCCUGAACACCACAGGCAGCCAUUAAAUGUUUAUUGCCUACUAGAUAAAAAAUUAGUUUGUGGCCAUUGUCUUACCAUAGGCCAACAUCAUGGUCAUCCUAUAGAUGACCUUCAGAGUCUCUAUCUGAAAGAAAAGGAUACACCUCAGAAGCUGUUUAAACAGUUAACCGACACACACUGGACAGACAUCACCCGUCUUAUUGAAAAGCUUGAAGAACAGAAGUGUCAUUCUGAAAAAAUGGUUCAAGGUGAUAAGGAAUUUGUUCUUCAGUAUUUUAAGGAGCUUAGUGAUACAUUAGAACAGAAAAAGAAAUUGUUUUUGGCAGCUCUCUGUGACAUUGCCAAGCUGAUCAAUCGAGAAUACACUCCGCAGAUUAAAAGGGCGAAGGAGAUCAGAGAACAGCAGCUUGAGCUAAUGGCAGUGACUACAUCUUUACAAGAUGAGUCUCCACUUAAAUUCCUAGAAAAAAUUGAUGAUGUCCGCCAGCGUGUGCAGAUGUUGAAGCAGAGAACACUCCCUGAGGUCCAGCCUGUUGAGAUGUAUCCCCGAGUAAGGAGAGUAUUUAAGGAAGAGUGGAACAGAACAGAAAUUAGACAUAUCAAGAAAGCUGUCACUCCUGAAAUGAGAAUUUUUUCAAAACGGAUGCCAUGUUCCUGGCCUGACAAGCAUAAAAAAGAACUUGAAUUCUUUAACAUUUUAAAUAUUGUUGUGGUUUCACUGAUUUCAGUGAUAUUAAUGUUGAUACUCUUUUUCAACCAACACAUAAUCACCUUCCUAAAUGAAAUCACUUUAAGAUGUUUCUCUGAAGUCUCUUUGUCUGUUUACCAAAGUUUAUCUAAUAACUUAAAUGACUUAAAAAAUAUGGCAUGCUACAUUUUAUAUUUGUUAAAGGAAAUCAUGUGA